GCUUGCUGUGCGUUUGAAGGAGAUCGAAUGAGGUUAUAUGUACCUGUCCCUAUGUGGCCUAUGUAUAAGGCCGGGCGCCAUCUAGGCACGGAUAGACACUAGGUUCGUAACAAGUGUCAACCUCUUGCAGUAUAUUCUUAUUACAUAAUAAUUUGGCGACAAAGUUCAUACACAACUUAGACGCCGUUGUCAUUCUUCGUAAAACUGAGACCUGUCAUUGAUAUAGCAGAACCAUUUUCUGCUGUUUGUUAGAAUCAGAAGGAGCAAAUCUACACAGUUGAUGGAGACGUUGUUUUGACUUGAUCGAUAAAAAACUAGCUCAAUAAAAGGUGCAAUUGCCUUUAUGCUAAGUACAAGUGAUAUGAUGCUGCGUACAUAGAUCUAUUUGCUGUUACUAGAAUCACCGUUUAAAAAGUAGAAAGCAAUUGCCAACUUCUCCGCAGAUCCGAUCCGCCAGACUACGCAAGGUUCUUUGUCUGUUAUGCCGACUAAAAUUAUGCCAGCGACUAUGCGAGGAAUCCGCGUGACACCCUGAGGCGUAGAUGGCCCGAAUGUUAUGAAUCGCUGGGCAGGAGGAUCGGCCUUACUGUUAAUGCCGCCUCACUACCUGUAGUGUCGCAGCUAAUAUUCACAAUGUUAUCGUGAUCUCUCCUCGACUCUUUAUUUUCAUUUCUUUUUUAAGAAUGCUCACUUGGGAAGGCCGCAUUGAGUUCAAGGGGGCAUCGCAUUGACCGCGUCUGUGUCAAGAUAGACCUUCACAUAUAUCUCGCGUGUGUAUUUGCGUGCCAAAAUGAAACCGCCAUCGGCUUAUACAGUUCGGAAGUAAUAGCUAUUCCCGUGAUAGACAAAUAAUUGAUUGACAGAUUGCGAAAAAGACGUAGAGUAAGGCUUAACAAACGAGCUACUCUCUGGUAUUACUAAAAAUGCCAAACGCGAUGCCGUUGUUCCGUUACGAUUCUGUUUUUUUUCUUCUAUCUGUUUGCUCUGGGUGACAGACGCAGGUUUUGCUUCGCUUUUUUGUGCUGUAUCCGCAGCAAACAUGCCCAUGCGUCUAAAUGAGUAUACUCACAAUUGUGCGUGGAGCAGGUGUGUUGAGGGAGGAUCGGCAGGUGGAGGCGUCGGCGAGGAAGGAGUCAGGAGUGGUAGGCCUGCCGCAGGAGUGAGGUUGAAGAGAAGUUGGUUGAAGUUGGUUGACGGAUAGUACAAGGAGAUUAAGGAAACGUGAGUGACGAAAGGAACGAGAGGGGAAAGCGACGACGAGGUUUUAAAGAGCACCUGAAAACAGCGUGUAGAUAGUUGAAGUGUGUGUUAAAGUAGGAGCAUCCGUUUACGGGUGCGGUUGUAGCUCUUGCAUUCGAUGGUUGCGUAAUCAGAAGUAAGAAAGAAAAGCAACAAGAGCAAGAGGAAAAGCCGAAAAAAGGGCCUGGACGCUGGUUCGUUGUCCGAACGAACUUAGAAGUGAAAGGUGCUGGAAGGUACUUGGGAAUUGUUAUUCAUUGUUACCAGCUUUUCAACUCAGUCUGAGAACGGUAUAGUUUUGAGUGAGCAACUGACAACGUCACGUGGCGUUGCGAGGCGAAAAAACAGCAAUAGACGGCCAAAACCACGGUUGCAACGGGGGAAAAAAGCGGAUACUUGCGCGGAUAGUGGAAACCUAGCACAACGGGAAGGGAGUGCACCGUCCAAUAUCGCGAAGAAAAAGACAACGGUUAUAUUAUCGUUAUAAUAUCGUAGAAAAAAGAUACAUAAUGAGCGGAGGCAGUGAGUGCUAUAGGUGCCACCGUACGGGUCACUUCGCCAGGGAGUGCUCAAUGCCAGAUGAAGGCGAACGCUCCCGAGGCCCUCGUGGAGGUGGAAGGGGUGGUCGUGGGGGUGGUGGACGAGGAGGCUUCCGCGGCGGGUUCCGCGAAAAGUGCUACAAAUGCAACCGGCUGGGCCACUUUGCCAGGGACUGCAAGGAAACCGAGGACCGCUGUUAUCGUUGCAACGGUACAGGACACAUCGCUAAAGAUUGCCAGCAAGGUGAGAUGUCGUGCUACAAUUGCGGUAAAACGGGACACAUCGCGCGCGACUGUCCUGAGGUGGAUAAGAGCUGCUACCGGUGUGGCAAGCCAGGUCACAUCUUUCGGGACUGUCCUGAAGAGGGUCAACCUGGCCAAGCCGGCGCACAGGGCGACAGCCAGCGCGGUCCAAACCGCAACGCCUCUGAGGGUGGUCCGAAGCGUGGAGGCGGGGGAGGAGGAGGCCGUGGUGGGCAAAAGUGCUUUGCUUGCGGCCGAAUGGGCCACAUUUCCCGUGAAUGUCCCCACGGUCGACGCUGCUACAUAUGUGGACAAAGCGGUCAUAUCUCAAGAGACUGUCAAAGCGACAACGGUCAGCCAGAUGUAUGUUACCGGUGUAAUGAGCGAGGCCACAUCGCGCGCCAUUGCAGCCGACGGUCGCCAGGGCUUGGCGUAGGAAGUGGCCCUGGACCUCGUGGGGAUCGCGGUGGAUCAGCCGAUCGAGGCAUUGGCGGUACGGGUGGAGUCAGCUGUUGUUACCAGUGCGGCGGGGCAGGGCAUCUAGCCAGAGAUUGCCCCCAGGGACCUCAUGCGUCCCCACCACCACACAUCGCCCAGGCUCAACAACACCAUAACAGCCACCUUGACGAACAUCAUCUCGAUAACUAGAUGACUAGAUAGUACAGAAGAAUCCCUUACAGCUUUAUGAGAGACAGCCAGAUACACUCGCCCAGGAGCGGUCAUGAGAACGAUGUUAUCCAUUCACGUCCCUUUCCAAAAAGGCCGGUGCACAUUUUCCCAGUAAAGUAGAAUCACCCAACGAACAACAACGCGUUAGAGACAAUGGUUUCUAGGGAUUGCGCCUUUACUUCGCACCGGAAGGCUGGUCCGUCGAAUUCGUAAAACUCUCACUACUCCACACGAUACUAUUCCAACCGACACAUGGUAACUUGGAGAUGUAUGAUGAUGCUGACAUCAAUACCAUGCAAAAAACGGGGUACGAGGCAAAUGGAGAUUUGUUGCCAACAAUGAUGCGUCUAAAAAAGAAUAGGAUACAUGGAUUUACCGAGUUACACGAUACUUGAUUGCAAGAUAUCCAAUCAGAUGUGAUGAAAAGCAGAUAGUGAGCGACAUAACGGCAACCUUUCUCCUGUCCUGCGCGGCCAUAUUUGACCCCAGUCGCUUAAACAAAUCGGCUAAUGGACUUGACAGAACUUUUGGGAAACUUAAAUCGAAAUUGGCAGGUUUACUAAACACAACAAACCAAAGCAUACACUAAAUAUUCAGUUAGUGCUGCCAUCCAAAUGGGGUUCGCGGUUUUCCUGGGUUCCUGAAGUUAGUGGAAAAGCAUACGCAUUAAGCUGGCGUUUCUAUCGAUCAUCAUGCGCACAGUUGUAGCUUGCUCUGUAUUUGGUGAUCGCCACAGAAAAAGCUUGCAGACUGAAAUCUUUGUUAACUGAGACCUAAGAUAUGAUGCAUCUCAGAAAAAAAACGCAAAUCAAAGAAAGAGAAGUCAAAAAUGGAGACGUAAAACGAUUGAGGAUGCAGUCAGUAGAUAAAUAUGUUGUUAACGACAAUCUAGCCGGGAUGGUCGUUGCUCGCACGAACGAAAAGUAUUUGACAAUGAGAUGGUGACCUAAACAAGUGGUAAGGAAGGUACUAGACAGUUCAUAGUAGAAUAUAUAGAAAAAAGCGGUUCUUCAGAGGUGGUACAUGUAAAAGGUCUUCACAAGUUUUUUCACCAGUAAGUACACAAAUCAGUCGGAAUGAAACUUAGAUCCGACUGAAGAAAAUGGAUCCCCACCUAUCAGAUGUCCUCCGGGUCUAGAAAUAUAGUUAUCCUACACGGCAGAUCAGUUAGUUGACAAUAAUGAUUGAUAUAUUAAUAUGGGUUGAAGAUCUAAAGGUUUAGGACUGAAAAAGGCAAUUGUUCGACGGUCCACGAAUCGUCACACAUAGGCUCCUGUCAAUUCUGUGCUUGUUAUUGGUUGGAAUAAUGCCUCGUUGAUUUAUGACUGAAUAUUAGUGGUAUUUCCACACAGUGUAGGCAGCAACUUUAAUUAGAAUUGAAUGGAGAGCGUUUCGUAAGGAGCGACACGUGUAAUUCGUGGUGAUGUUGUCACUGCAUCUGAUUUCAACCUCCCUGGCGGCUUUCGCACAACGUUUUCACGUGGCUUUCAACUGUAAUGAUAGAAGGUUCGUUCAUUCAUUAUGUGUGCCCAAGUAACGUGCCCCUCACAAUGACCGUAACUUUUGUGUAGUACAUGCUUCAGUGUAUACAAAUAUAGACAGAAAAGUCAAACUGCGUAAGCCAAUUCGCCUUUCAUUGAGUAAUGCGGGAAAGUAUAUGCUACUAAGUUGUGAUAUUUUACGUUCAUACUUAGCAACGAAAUUUCAAUACAACAAUUUUUCUUUAAUAUAUAAUGGGCGUCCUCUAAUUCUCAAUGAUUGUCGUGCGUGAAGCAUAACGUCUCGGUAUGACACGACUGGUAAAUUCGAAAAUGCCGCUCGAAAGCAAAUUCGAAGUACCGCUACUGUCCUUAAUCAUCUCGCUAACGUCGUAAUAUUCACUUACUCAAUGGGGCUUCGAUUGGAAAAUACGAUGUUUUAACACGUUUUGCAUUUUCAAUCUCAUUUAGGGCAUUAUUAGAACGAUAUUGUGGGAAUUCGUUAAAAAAAAUUGCAACUUUCCGAUGUAAUAAACAAAUCCAAAUUCAAGUUUUUAUUUGUUUUUACCAGAAAUUAAACGUUUAACGUUCAGCCACCCUUUAUUAGAUAAUUGUAUUUUGUUUCCAGAUUCUUUAAUUUAUCACGGCAUACGAAUAUAAAGAUUAAAUUCAUUCUAGGAGCACAUAUAUAUAUAUAUAUAUAUAUAUAUAUAUAGUUAAGGUGACCUAUUUUUCGAAGUUAGUCAAAACACUUCCGACUUGAAAUGUCAGUUGAAUUUAUUCAUAUUUGAAAUUAUAAUGGUGGUGCUUGAUGAGUUUUUUCUUUAGUGUCAAUUCUUGUAUAUCACUGAUUAAUUAAAGCACACCCAAUGGUAGUCAAUGUUGUUAUUGUUGUUAGGUACAGAAAUGAAAAAUAGGAAAAUGUAUAACCUUUUCACGAGAGAUCUACUAUUCAUAGUAUUAACAAAAUAAUGAGAGAACAUGACGAUGGCUAUAACAUCGUAUUACUAAUGCUAAUACAUCGUAAUACCAAGUGGCGAAGCAUUAAAUGAGGCGCCAACUCUGAGUGAUACCGAGAAGCCGGCUCUGUUGUACAGACGUAAACUCUCAGAAAUUGAAAAUUAUUAUUGCAUAAAACGACUAUGUAGCAUUGAUAUAUAUAUACGCGCGUAUUAGCCGUAGAGAUUUACUAGUCGACAUAUAUAUAUUAAGAGAAUAUACUGUUCGAGAAAGUCGUUCGAAACCCUUCACGCCAAUUACAGGCACAUGAUUUACAGUGAAAAUUUAGAACAAAUUUUUUGAGCGACACGAUGCGGUAUAUGGAUGUACUUAUAUAAAAAUAUAUAUAGGGUGUUCGGAAUCAAUUGGGACAAAUCUUGGCGGGCUCUUUGCUGUAUCGGGAAUUUUUAUGCAGAAUAUAAGUUUUAUUAUGUCGGAAGAAAAAUACUAUUUGAGUGAAUAUGAUAGCUAUUGUCCGCGUUGGACGAAACCUCCUGGGUUGACCGAAAUGAAAGUUGUUGCAAAAUUCGGUAGAGAAGAUUUUUGUAUAACCAAACAAAGAUUAACACUAAGAAUUCGAUUGGAGAAGCUCGAAAGUUAUUCAAAAAGGUACAAAGAAGCUGAACAUCAAUGUCAAAAUUAGCUUCUCCUUGCAAGAGCGGAGUAUGUCGCCAUUUUGCUUGUCUAGAUUAUUCUAAAUAGUGAAGCAUUUUUAGACCUUUUGGUUCCUUGGACCUAAUAUAAACGAUUUCUUGUGUUUGACGUGUCUGAGCGAAACUUCAACGACUCUGUGCAUACUAAUGUAACUCUACUCAGGGUUACUGGUUCAUGCGCGAAUUUCUAAAAGAGAGUUUUAAAAGUGACCUAUAGGCGGUUUAGGGCCCGAAUUGAAGCCGUGAUCAAAGGAAUGGCAGUUGAACAUUAAAUAAAGACGUCCUUAAAAGAUCUAAAUGUCGGUGCAUGUAAGGAAUCAGUCCA